AUGUACUCCCGCCCGAGCUCACGAUUGGCGGGGGCGCCCUCGCGAGAACGGAACGGGACGCCGCGGCGGGAGCGGUGCUGCUGGAUUUGCCGAGACCCCAGGCUGCGAGACGUUCUGUCUCGAUUCCUCUGGGCUACCCCCGUUUCCAGCCCCGUUUCCAGGCCAGGACGGUUUGGGCUGCACAGGCGGGGCGUUCCCUGGACGCCGGGACGUGGUCUUGGCACCCAAACCCACAGACUGGAUGACCCACGGACUGUCGGCCGUUCCUGGGGCUCUCCAAAGAGGGGGCACAGGGAGGAGAGGCUGGUUACUGCCCUAAUCGUGCUUCGGGUAUCGGCAGUUACUCUGAAGAAUGCUUUCUGCUGCUUCCUUCAAAAACCCAAGAGCUGCAGCUGGUUCCCAGUGGGGCCGGAGCUGGGGGGGAUCGCGUCCCCCGUGCUGCUGGGGGCAAGCGGGACUGGGACCAGAACUGGUGCAGCGGUUCUUCAGGUCACCCAAACAAGAAGAGCCUGUCUGCCCAAACAGAGUGUUUUAUUGUGCCGUGUCCCUCUCCGAGCCCUCCCCGUCCGUGUGCCUGACCCGGCAGCCCCUCAGCCGCUGGGUUUUUGCCGGGAGCCCGCAAGUGACGGCGGGCAGACGCGGCGCUGGCUGUCGGCCGCGACGUUUCCCGGCUGCGGGAGCUGCCGUCGCCGAGCUGCCUGCGCUCUGGCAGCUCCCCGGGGCUCUGCUGUGUGCCGGGCACGAGGGCUGCUCGCUCACGGGGCCGCCGGCGUCGGGGCAGCCGUGGCUGCUCCUGGCACUGAGCGAUGAGGCUGUGGGGUUUUACUGGAGACGUGGGUAGUGCUCGUGCUGAAGUAAAACAAACUGAAGGACAGCCCGGCCGCGGACUCGAGGACUUUGCUUUGUGGAAGCUGAGAGCUGUCCCUGAAGGAUAAAGGACACCCCAGGACAUCCGAGGUAACGCCAGCAUCCCAGCCCUUCUGACGCGGCUUUGAAACCCUCCCGGCAUCGGCUGGCGGCACGGAGAAGUGACUCUGGCAAGACGGACUCCAGGGCCGUCUGGAUCCACAGACAAGCAGCAAGAACGCUGCAGAAAUCGAGUUGCUGUGCUGAGUUUUUCUGUGACCGGGAAUCGUUCAUGUGGGUGCCCAUGAUGAGCUGAACGUG